UUUUAAGAGUUAUAAUUAUAAUAAAAAAUUUACGUAUUGUUAAUAUAAUAAUUAAAACAUGUUUUACUUAUCAUCAUCAAAUUUAUAUAAAAAUUUUAUCAAAGAAUCGGAUAAUAAAACUAUAAAUAUAGAUGAUGAUGAAAAAAAUUUUAGUCAGAGUAGAUUAUCAAAAAAAAAUAAAAUUAUGAGUGGUGAAGAGAUAAAAAAAUUUUAUGAUGAUACAAUAAACAAAAUAAGUGAAAGAAAUUCAAAUAAUUGUGAUAAAAAAAUAAUAAAAAUAGAAUCUGAUGGUGAUGAUAAAGGAAUUAUAAAUAAUAAUCUAAAUUCAAUUGAAAUUAAUGUAAAUAAAAUUUUAAAAGCUGUUGAACAAGGUGACAUAGAUUAUUUAAUAAAACACUUAAAUAAAGAAAAUGUAAAUAAUAUUUUUGAUAAUUAUGGAUGGACACCAUUAAUGUCUGCAGCUUACUGUGGAAAUAAAUUAAUAGUUGAAUUUUUAUUAAAAUUAAAUGCUAAUAAAGAAUAUAAAAAUAAAUGUGGUUUAACAGCUAUAAAAUUAGCAAAAAAGAAUAAUUUUAAUAAUAUUAUUGAGUUAUUAGAAAAUGAUAAAGAGUUUUUAUCGAAAAAUCUAAAUAUUAAUGACAAUUACAAUGAUAGUUGGAAUUUUUAUUGUAAAAUUUGUAAUAAAAACUAUAAAGAAACAACAGUAAAACAACAUGAGGCCUCAAUAAUUCAUAAUUUAAACAAAAAUUUCGAAUUACCUCCAGCAUUUAAUAGUUAUGGAUUAUCAAAACAGAACAAAGGCUAUCAAAUAAUGUUAAAUAAUGGAUGGGAUGACAGAAAAGGAUUAGGGCCAACUGGUACUGGUUUUAAAUAUCCUGUAAAAACAAUUUUAAAAAGAGAUCGUAAAGGUUUAGGUAAAAAACCAUUUGAUAAACCUAGAAUAACUCAUUUUAAAAGUAAUGAUAUAAAUGCCAUCACUCAUAUAAAACAAUCAAAAAUUAAUAUCAAUAGUAGUAAAAAGAUAUUACGUAAAAAAGAUCGAGAAAAAAUAAUAAAUAAAAUGCGUAAAAAGGAUCGAGAAAUAAGAAUUGAAUUAUCAUAAUUAUAAUUGUUAAUUAAAUUACAUUUUAAAUCAUUAUAUUAUGAAGGAACAAAAAGAAAUGUUGGAGUAUCUUGAAAAAGUGGAAAGUAAAGCUGGAGAAAUAUUGACUGAUAGACAAGAAAUAGUGUCAUUAGAUAAAAGAAGAAAUGAUGAUAGAAUUGGUAUGCGGGA